AUAUAAGAAUAGAUUGCGCCACGCGUUAUCAUCUUUCCAAGUGCAUCAUCUUCAAAUUCCCGUCUCUAAUCGCGAUGGCGGAACGCAUCUUGAUGAACGAAUUCAAGACCCUUCUCAAGGAGAAGUGGGUUCACGUCCAGUUGCACAAUGACGACAUCUUUAACUGGGAUGUCGCUCUGAUCGUAAUGAACCCGGAUUCAUUGUACUUCGGUGGCUAUUUCAAAGCCUCGAUGACAUUCCCGUCCAACUACCCUUAUGCUCCACCAAAGUUCCGUUUCCUCAAACCUCUCCACCACCCGAACAUUUACACCAGCGGCAAGCUAUGCAUUUCCAUCCUUCAUGCGCCCGGCGAGGAUGAAAUGUCCGGUGAGCUUGCCUCGGAGCGUUGGUCCCCUGCCCAGCGUGUCGAGUCGGUCUUGAUCUCCAUUCUCUCUCUGCUUGACGAUGCCGAGCCUUCCUCCCCCGCGAAUGUCGAUGCUGCCGUCUUGCUUCGAAACCAACCGGAAGUCUACCGCCAGCGUGCUAAGGAUGAUGUCGAGAAGUCUAAGCUCGAUAUUCCCGCUGGCUUUGAGAUGCCCACACACCAUACUCCCGUCCAUGAGCCCGUGGAGAAGGAAGACCACGACUUCUGGGCCGAUAGUGAUGUCGACAGCGAUGUGUUUGGUGGCAGUGACUCUGAUGACGAUCUCGAUAUGGAACAGUCUAGCGGCAGUGAUAUGGAGGAGGACGAGGAUGAAUCGGCAAACGAGGAUUCCACGGAGACGAAGAAGGUGUAA